GAAGUCUGAGACGGAAUUGAAAGAUAAUGAGCGCGAGUCUGUGUUGCUCUCUGAUUCGUUCCUCACCUCUACUUCACCACGAACCCUAUCUCUCAUGGCCUCUCGCCAAACUCAACCACCGCCAGAUUUGGUCUCUCACGCUCCGAAACCAUCCCCCUGCUUCUGCCAGAGUCGUCGCUAGAGCCGUCGCCGACGGCGGCGUCGGCGUUGUGUCGCCGGACGACUUGUCUUUUGAGGACGUGGCGGCGAUUGAGACGGAUGAGGUAGGAAAUGGAGAGGUUGAGGGAGUCGUGGCGGAGAGUAAAUCGGAGGAUAAGGGUCUGCGUCCGACGACGAAAUACAAGAAGAAGAAGAAGGAGGAGGAGGACGGGUUAGAGAACAGGUUCAAGCUGAGGAACGGAAAGGAGAUUUUUGAAGAAAAAGCCUACAUUGUUGGUGUUGAGCACAAACGUAAUUCGACGGAUUUAUUUGGUGUGGAGGAGUCACUCAAGGAACUGACUCAGCUUGCUGAUACUGCUGGACUAAUGGUUGUUGGUUCCACAUAUCAGAAGCUAGCGUCUCCAAAUUCAAGGACAUACAUUGGAUCUGGUAAGGUUGCAGAAAUCAAGAGUGCUAUUCAUGCAUUGGGUGUCGAGACUGUGAUAUUUGAUGAUGAGCUCUCAGCUGGGCAACUACGCAAUUUGGAAAAGGCUUUUGGUGGGGAUGUUAGAGUUUGUGACCGCACUGCCCUUAUUCUUGAUAUUUUCAACCAGCGGGCAGCAACUCAUGAAGCAGCUCUACAGGUUGCAUUGGCACAGAUGGAAUACCAGCUACCUCGACUAACAAAAAUGUGGACUCAUCUUGAGCGUCAAUCAGGAGGUCAAGUGAAGGGUAUGGGUGAGAAACAAAUUGAAGUGGAUAAGCGUAUCUUACGUACUCAAAUUGGUGUUCUCAAGAAGGAGCUAGAAUCUGUUAGAAAGCAUAGAAAGCAGUACCGGAAUCAACGGCUUUCAGUACCAGUCCCAGUAGUAUCCUUGGUUGGGUACACCAAUGCUGGAAAGAGUACUCUUUUAAAUCAAUUGACUGGAGCCAAUGUGCUUGCCGAGGAUCAAUUAUUUGCAACACUAGAUCCAACAACAAGAAGGGUUCAGAUGAAGAAUGGGAUGGAAUUUCUCCUCACAGAUACUGUUGGUUUCAUUCAGAAGUUACCAACCACAGUGGUUGCUGCCUUCAGAGCAACUCUUGAGGAGAUAUCGGAGUCGGCAUUACUGGUGCAUGUGGUUGAUAUCAGUCAUCCACUGGCUGAGCAACAGAUAGAAGCUGUGGACAGAGUGUUGUCAGAACUAGAUGUCUCUUCUAUACCAAGGUUGAUGGUUUGGAACAAGGUUGAUAAGGUGAGCAAUCCUGACAGCAUCAGAAUAGAAGCAGAAAAGAGAGAUGAUGUUGUUUGCAUAUCUGCUCUGAGUGGUGAGGGCUUAAAUGAAUUCUGCAGUGCAAUCCAGGAAAAAUUGAAGGACUCUAUGGUAUGGGUGGAAGCCUUGAUCCCUUUUGAAAAAGGAGAGCUUCUUAGUGCUAUACAUAAGGUUGGAAUGGUGAAGAAAACAGAAUAUACCGAGCACGGGACACUGAUCAAGGCACAUGUACCUCUACGGUUUGCAAGGCUACUAACACCAUUGAGGCAAAUGUGCAUAUCAAGAUCUUAAUUUUCUUCCAGCAUGAUCCAAUACAGUGUGGAGGUCUUCCAAGUUUCAUAUUUGAUUUGAUGGCCGGUGAUAUGAAAUUGUAAUUAUUCUGUACAUAUGGUGUUGUAUCUAGUUUCUAACGAGUGUAAGAUACUUACAAGCUAGUGAUGGUCUAAUAGAUUAUCAGGAGUAAGUUAACAGC